CUGUUGGAAUUCCCUAAAACCACUUUUUUAGCGCGGUGAUCUCCAUCACAAUGGCAGCACUAGGUUUCCAGACCCUGUGUUUUUGCUCUUUAAUUUACACCUUUCAAGCCCAGUUCACUACUUACGAGCGGCGUCCUUGGUUACCUCGCCGUCAUCCAUGGUAUCGACCCAGGUACGACGACGUGCACCGUCCAGUCCAGCUUUUGGACACCUCUUCACCAAGAUUUGUGCUGCUGGCUCCUAACCUCAUAAGGACGGACAGUAAGGAGAAUAUCUUCCUCGAGGCGUAUGGACUGUCGGAGCCAAAGACUGUUAAUAUAACAGCUCACCACUUUCCCAUAAAGGAGCAGCAGCUGCUCCACGAGACUGUAGUCCUUGAUGAAGGAAAUAACUACCAGGCCCUCAAAGCAAUAGAGCUUCCUUCCCAUGGGCUGAACAAGGAUGAGCAACGCAGCCAGUAUGUUUACCUGAAAGCUGAUUUUGGCAGCUAUGUGGCAGAGGUGGUAGUGAUGGUGUCCUUCCAGUCUGGCUACAUCUUCAUUCAGACAGACAAGCCUCUAUUCAACCCUAGGGACGUAGUGCACUACAGAGCCUUUGUGGCCACGCCAGCUUUCAAAGCGUUCAACAGCUCUAUUUCCAUCGAGAUCCAGAACCCAGAUGGGAUCACAAUUCAUGCAGUUUCCAAAACUAUGGCCAGGGAUGGAAUCUUUGCUGAUAAUUAUCAAUUAUCAGAGAUUGCCAAUGAGGGGAUAUGGAAGAUCACAGCGAAAUUUGACAACAGGCCCCAAAACAAGUUCAGCACUGACUUUGAAGUGAGGAAAUAUGUGCUGCCUGCCUUUAACGUCACCCUGACACCCAGAAAAUCUUACUUCAGCGUGGAUGACACCCAGCUGGUCGUGGACAUCACGGCAAGCUAUCUGUACGGGGAGCCUGUGAAAGGGACUGCCUACAUUGUUUUUGGUGUUGAAGUGAACAAGGAAAAGAGAAGAUUUCCUCAUUCAAUGAAGCUUAUUACAGACCUGGAGCGUGGCACGGCUGUUCUGACGAUGGAUGAUAUUAAGAAAUCUUUUCCGAACAUCAAAGACCUGGUGGGCUGCCCCAUAUAUGUCAAGGCUUCUGUACUGACUUCCACUGGCAGCGACCUUGUGGAGGCUGAGCGAUCUGGCAUCAAGAUCCUGGAGUCCCCUUACAAAAUCUCCUUCAGCAACACUCCCCUGUACUUCAAGCCUGGUUUGCCAUUUGACCUGAUGGUUCAAGUAACACACCACGAUGGAUCGCUGGCCCCCAAUGUCCCGUUCCAGCUGAGCCUGCACAACAGCCCCGUUACCUCUCACCCUGGGAUCAGCAGAUUGUCUAUAAACAUGCCGAUGUCCCUGGAGCCCCAGACUAUUACUGUUGAAACAAAGGAAAGUGGCCUGAAGCCAGAAAACCAGGCCAAACAACAGAUGACCCUGCAAGCUUACAUACCUUUCAACCGUGCCUCCCAAAACUUCCUAUACGUCUCAGCCCCCGACAAGGCCUCAGCGGGGGAAGUCAUCAACCUGAAACUAUACUUCAGAAAUGACAUCCAAAUGCACAAGGACCUGAUCAAACAUUUGACCUACCUAGUCCUCAACAAGGGAAAGAUCAUUGAUGCUCAGCGUGUGGUACGGUUCAGUGGUCAGGAGGUCAUCAAUGUCCCUCUGAUCGUCACCCCAGAAAUGAUCCCCUCUUUCCGCUUUGUGGUAUACUACGCUCUCCCGUGGCUGGGCAGGGUGGAGAUUGUGGCGGAUUCAGUGAGGGUGGACGUUGAGGAUACUUGCGUGGGAGCUCUCAGAGUGAGUAAGGUAGGAAGGAGGGAUGUGUACCGACCAGGGGAAACUUUCAGAAUCGAGGUCAGAGGUGACCCUGGUGCCAAGGUCAGCCUGUUGGCAGUGGACAAUGCUGUGUUCCUCCUGAACAGCAAAUAUAGACUGACACAGAGCAAGAUCUGGGAUGUGGUGGAGAAGGGGGACAUGGGCUGUACUCCCGGAGGAGGCCGAGAUCGAAUGGGAGUGUUCGCUGAUGCAGGGCUGCUGUUCUUUUCCAACACCGCAGGUUCCACGCCAGGGAGACAGAGCCUGCAGUGCCCCAGACGGGCCAGGAGGAGGCGCUCUGCAAGGUUGUUGCAGCACAGGACCACCCUUGAGAGCCAGUAUGAGGACAGGAAUCUGAGGCGAUGCUGCCAGGAUGGCAUGCGGGAGAUCCCCAUGGAUUACUCCUGCGUCCGGAGAUCCCACUACAUCACAGAAGGAUUGGAGUGCGUCCAGGCCUUCCUCCUCUGCUGCUUCCAGUACAGGGGGGAGGAGCCAGGCUCCACCACAGCCCCGCCCACGACCACGAUUCCUACCACAACGCAACCCCCAGUGCCCACUAGGGUCGUAAUGCUGAACAGAGUUUUUUUCCACGAAACCGCCAGCCGUGUGCUGACGCAGGCUAAAUCGCCCAUUGGAAUGCCAGGCAUGGUGGCACACAGUCCACCUCGUCGUAGACUAGAAGAAGUAGAAAAAUAUGAAUAUGAAUUUGAAGAUGACGACGAUGAGGGCGUGAUCGACGAACGAGACGUUUACAUCCGUUCAAAGUUUUUCGAAACGUGGCUGCGGAAGGAAAUCAGCCUGCCCAGUACACCGGAAAAGGACAGCAAAGACGGACUGGCAGUGCUUCCUGUGGAGUCGGUACUUCCAGACUCUAUUACAGAAUGGGGGGUCCUGGCAGUCAGCUCCUCACCUGAAACGGGCUUCUGCGUAGCUGAGCCAUAUAACGUAAUAUCUAGGAAGCGCUUCUUUGUUGACCUGCGGCUACCAUACUCAGUGGCAAGGAACGAGCAGGUGGAGAUAAAAGCCGUGCUGCAUAAUUACGGUGACGAAGACCUGAAGGUGAUAGUGAUCCUCUAUAAGACAGAGGACAUCUGCAGUGUGGCCUUCACCGAGGACCACAGGCAGGAGGUGACACUCCCCUCCCAGUCCUCCAGAGCUAUCCCAUACACCAUUGUUCCACUGAAGGCAGGGGAGCUGGAAAUGGAGGUGAAGGCCCUGGCCCGUGGCUACCAGGGGAGUGACGGUGUGAGGAAAAGGUUGCGUGUGGUGGUUGAGGGAUUACAGAAGACUAAAGUCCAAAGUUUCAUUCUGAAUCCAUCCGUCAAAGGGGACAAGGAAGGGAAGCAAGUGGUGAAAGUUGAUGGCAUUGGGCUGGAGUCAGUGGUUCCUAACUCAUUCCCAGAGACCUACAUCAACGUCCGAGGUAACUUGCUUGCCGAUACCAUUGACAACUCCAUCAACGGUGACGCCCUGGCGUCCCUCAUCCGCAUGCCGGGGGGCUGUGUGGAGCAGAACCUGGCCAGUAUCACCCUCCCCCUCAUCGCCACUCACUACCUGGACAAGACGCUGCAGUGGGAGAGCGUUGGAGUGCAGCGUCGGGUUGAUGCCAUCACAUACAUCCAGAGAGGUUAUGAGAAGCAACUGGCAUACCGCAAGAAAGAUAACUCUUACCCCCCAUAUCGGAACGAGGGCACAAGCACAUGGAUCACGGCAUACGUGGUGAAGGUCUUUGCUAUGGCCCAGCCUAUUAUCAGUGUGGCAACCGAUCACCUGUGCGGUCCACUCCUGUACCUGCUGAAGGAGAAGCAGCUGCCCUCUGGAGCCUUCAGGGAGGACAACCCAGUCUAUGCUGCUGCCAUGAUGGGAGGUUUGCAGGGGACAGAGUCCAGUGCCACCCUCACCGCCUUUGUGAUCAUAGCCAUGUCUGAAGCCAAGGCUGUGGUGAACUGUAGGGAUCCCAACAUCGUACCUGAGGAGAAAUUGAAAGGAGCUGCGUUCCACCUAAGGAGGCUUCUCCCGAGACUGAGGAGGCCCUACUCUGUAGCCAUUGCAGCCUACGCCCUUGCUCUGGUGAAUCCAAGUGACAGCACUGGGAGAUUGCAGCUGGAGAGGGUUGCUUCUGCAGACAGAACGCACUGGUCAGAUGAAGGCAACCCGCUCUUCACCCUGGAGGCCACAGGCUAUGCGCUGCUGGCGCUGGUGAAGAUGGGUCAGAUGGAGCGCGCUGCCCUGCCCUUCCAGUGGCUCAACGAGAGGCGUAAACUGGGUGGCGGCUAUGGUUCCACACAGCCCACCAUGGUAGUCCUGCAGGGUUUGUCCGAGUACCUGAUCCACAAGCCCCCGCCGCAGGACCUGAGUCUCAGGGUGGCAGUCAGCAUGCCUGGACGCAGGGACGUCACCUGGUCCUUCGAGCCAAAGACGGCCUACGUUGCACGCUCAGCCAAGACAACUGUGGACCGGAAAUUUACAGUGGUGGCAUCUGGGAAAGGCCAAGGUGUUCUGGAGGUUGUGACGGUCUACAAUCAGCUACCUGAUGUUCAUGAGAAGGGCAGCUGCAGAAACUUUGAACUGGAGGUCGCGAUUAAAGAAACUCACAGCAGAAAACCCUCCGAGGACGCUGAAAGGUCAUACAGACUCGACAUUAAUGUGAGGUCUCUGGAACAGACUGAAAUGAGGAUGGUGGUCUUGGACAUCACACUACCCACUGGUUUUGUCCCUGACACUAAAGACCUUGAAAUGCUUACAAACUCUGUGGAUCGCUACAUUAACAACUUUGAGAUCGUUGAGGGGCUCAGUGACAGAGGAUCUCUCAUCAUUCACCUGUUCAAGGUGUCGAACCGAGAGAAGGAGAGUGUCUCUUUCAGACUGCUGCAGAAGUUCAAGGUGGGGCUCAUCCAGCCUUCAUCUGUCACUGUCUAUGAGUAUUACAACCCAGACCAUCGCUGCAGCAAGUUCUACAACCCAAUGGCAGAUGAGGCUGAGCUGAAACAGAUCUGCAGUAAGGAGAUUUGCCAGUGCGCUGAGGGCAACUGCUGUGUCUCUAAGGCACAGGACCAGCCUCUUGAUAAUGUCAUGCGUGAGGAUGCGGCCUGCCAGGGGAUCUAUCAUGUGUACAAAGUGAAAGUGUCAAAAAUCAACAGGAGCCAGUAUGACACAUUUGAAAUGGAAAUCUUACAGGUCAUAAAGGAAGGAAAGGACGAAGGUAUCCGAGCGUCUGAUACAAGGACCUUUAUCGCUCAUGCUGGUUGUCGUGGAGGUCUGGACCUUGAGGAAAGCAGAGAGUACCUGAUCAUGGGGCCCCCAGAGGAUGUCUGGCAUAUGGACAGCUCCACCAACAGGUUCACCUACACCCUGGGGAAGAAGACCUGGGUGGAGCGAUGGCCAACAGCAGUGGAAUGUGGGAGUGUCACAGGACUCAAACAGAGGUGCACCCAACUGCAGGAAUUUGCCUCUGACAUUUUGGAGAGAGGCUGUAUUUUUUGAGCGGCUUCAUUCGAGCCAAAGAGGCAGUAAAUAAUUUCCCGUAUCUUUAGUAUUAAAAUUAAUCACACAACUGCAAGCAGAGAAACCAUAACAAAGCCCAUACUUUUUAAGUAGGCUUUUUUUUCUUGAAAACAGUAGGGAAAAUUUCAUGCAAACCAUUCAGCACACUAGGUUUGAAAUUUUAAAACAACAGAUGAUUCGUUAUUCUGUCUGAGUGCUGGAAAUAAGGAAGCUCUUGUGAGAGGGUUGAACUCCUACUUACAUUACAGGUGCAAUUCUUUUUAAAUCUUGAAUGGUUGAAGAGUCUUAGUGAAAAUUAGGCAACAUUUGCUUGCAUGUAUUGCUGCCCCAUUCAACAUUAAACUAUUUCUGGAAAUGGAUUGAUUUGGAGAAAUGAAAUAACUUCUACAAGUUUAAUCCAUAGGACUAAGAAAUGACUUUAUUUGCAUUAAUCCAACCCAUAAAUAUACAGUACUGUAGUUUAAUGAAAUGUCAGUUUGUUCUGUGUAGUUAAUGGAUAACUUGUCUUGGUGAAAUGCCAGAUUCACUCAGUGUUUUUAAUUGAUUGCCUGUGUUUGUGAAAUAUCACUUAGUUAUGUGUAGUUAAUAAAUUAGUGUUGUUGGUGCAGUGUCACUUUUAUUCUGUAUAA